AUGGUGGAGCUGGCUGGCGGGACUUCCUCGCUUUCCCCUUCGGCGCCUGUGGCGAGCACGUCUCUCCGCCUGAUGGGCUUUUCAAGCGAUUUUCAUCGUGCCGGGACUAUGCAAUACAAUGCCGGAAUCGCUGGUGGUAGGAAAGGGGAGGGUACGAUGUUUGGUGCAGUAGGUUUCGCGGAGAGCGAUGUGGGUUUGUUUCUGCAAGGCCCGGGGAGAGCUCUUCCAGAUUCAAAGAGACCGUGCCCCCCCGUUGGACGAGGGGCAAGGGCAGGAAAGGAAAUGUGGUGCAGCGGGACACGAUAAACUCAUGCGCAGGGUUGAGAUGCGAACCGCAAGUAUCAUACUCGUAGCAACCAAGGCUGCGGAGCUGCCUCCGUCCGCAGCAGUGGGAUCGGCCACUGAGGGGGAGGGAGCCUCGAUCAGAGGGGGAAGAGAGGGAAAGCAAGGGGGGGGACACUUGUUCGGCAAGUUCGAGUCCAUUAGAGUUAGAUCCCACCAAUCCUUCUCCGGUGUCAUGGGGCGGAAUGGAGAGUUCACGGGCGAACGCGCGGCGUCCAUAACCUACGAGUGGUUGCAGUGUGUGAUGAAGCAUGCGGCUACUCGUGCCCUACAAGUAUGGCAAGGAUGGCAAGGAUGGCAAGGAUGGGGUCACUGGAGCAGAUCUGGGACCGAGGAGAAGGGGGGAGAAAAGGGUGCGUGCAAGCUCUGGGGAAACACGGACGAGAAUUGCACUCUCAGUGAUGUGGAUGCUAGCUCUCCAGUAGACCGCAGCCAGCGGGGUCGGUUCUUGUCUCGGGUUGAGAAGGUCGCUUGGGAAUGGAAUCGGAAGCCUCGUAAAUCUGAUCAUUUCCGUACCCGUAUCCAAAUCAAAUAUCGCGACCGCACCAGCGGAUUGACCGUGAUGCGCUAUAUAAUCUUCAGUUGGUCCCGUGGUGUAUACCGUAGUAUGUUACCGUACUUUGUAUGGGGUGUGAGGAUAACUCUCGCUGUAACUUGA